AUGGUCUCCCGCUGCCUCUUGCUCACGUUCACCCAGUCAUCAUCCUCACGCGUUCUCCCUUCUCUCUGUGUCUCAGCCCUUUUGCUCUUCCUCUCUGUUUCCCCAUCUUCCAGUCGAAGACUCCACAGCACCACCCGAGGCCACCAUAACUUGCUCCACUCCUUUGCUUCGGCCACACACAGCCAGCCGCCGCAGCUCCCCUCUGCUCCGGCAGACCCUCCAACUCCCAAGCUUCCAGCAUAUCCAGCAGAUCAACAACCCGCGAGCCACACAGCAGCAAACAGCAAGACGGCCAGCCCUUCCAUCCCUGCAACACCAGAUCGCCACGACCCCCUGCCCAGGCAGCAGCAGCAGCAGCCGAGGCAGCAACCACCACUGCUAGCCUUCUCCCAGCCUCCCUCCGUUACGCCCACUGCCACACACCCACCCACGGGUUUUGUUAGUGUUAUGUCAAAGUUUUGA